AUGGCCCGUCCUUUCUUUCUAACAGCUUCAAGUUCAGAUGACCAUUCAACUCAGGAUGAUCAUGAAGACUCACGAAAUUUAAAAAGACGGACAAGAGACCCACCACCUUCUAGCUUUACAUUUCCAUUUCAAUCAUACCCGGGUAACCCAGAUCCAAUACCUGGAACUUCAAGAAGAAGAAGUCUAGACAGCGUACAUCGUAACCCAUUCGAUAGUCCACGUCUUCCAACUCCAAACCCUCCUUUCGUUCAAGAAUCACCUUAUAAAUCAUUCAACGGCUCUUUCUCUCUAUCAAACUUGCAACACUCACAGCUACCACGCGCAAGCAGCGCUACAACAAUCUUUCGCUCUCCUUUCCUAUCCCCUGCUUCCCGUCCAUCCUCAAUAUGGUCUCCACCUCCACUCCCCCCCUUGUCCGCUAAUCCCUCUGUCAUCGCACUCCCACUCACACAGAAGAAGCCUCUCCAAAGCACAAGACUUAAAGCGAAACUCACAGAUAUCGAUAAACCAUGGCUCGCAAAGAAACGUCGUUGCGAAUCCGGUAGCUGGUGGGUCACAUUCUUCGCAAUAAUCCUAGGCAUCGUCGCAGCAGCAGCACUCUGCUUCCAAGGUUGGACCAGCGUCGACAUUCUCCAGCCCAGCCAACUCUGUCUCGUCAUGCAAGACGACUUUACCAGUUCCCUAGAUUCAAACAACUGGAGUCUCGACGUCGAACUCGGUGGUUUUGGUAACGGCGAAUUUGAAAUGACCACAGAAGAUCCCUCCAACGUCUACAUUUCAAAUGGUCAGCUAUACAUCAUGCCCACCCUCACAAGCGACUCCAUCGACGGCGGUUACACUGCCGUCAUGGAUGGCGGCACCUAUCAGCUCCCAGGCUGUACAGCAGGAUCAGGUCACAGCAAUUCAACAAGCAGCAACAGCAACCCAUGUACAGCCGUAUCAUCCGCCCAGUCCGGUACCGUCAUCAACCCCGUCAUGAGCGGUAGGCUCAAUACCCGCGGAAAACAGACAAUCAAAUACGGUCGUGUAGAGGUCCGCGCGAAACUGCCACAAGGCGACUGGCUCUGGCCAGCUAUCUGGAUGCUUCCUCAGGGUAACAGCACAGGAAACUCAUCUCAGGGGACGGGCGUUUAUGGGGCGUGGCCUAUCAGUGGUGAAAUCGAUGCAACCCGCGGCAACCUCCCUUCAUACCCCGCUCAAGGAUCUAACUAUGUCCGCUCGUCCCUGAACUACGGCCCGUUUGCGGGAGGAAGCACAACCACCACCGCCAACCUUCUCAAAAGCAUCUACGGCUGGGUAAGCACCAAACGCGGAAACUUUGCCGACGGGUUCCACGUUUAUGCGUUCGAGUGGACUGGCGAGUGGAUGAGGUUUUAUACCGAUGAUCGGUUGCAGGCAAUGAUCAACCUCAAAAUCUCAUCCAAAUCCUCCGACUCCUAUUUCUUCAACGUAGGUGGGUUCCCGGGUGUAGCUAUGAACGCGUCGAGCGGCAAGGAAGUGGUUGUUGAGGAUCCGUGGAGUACGGCGUAUGGGGGGAGUGCUGCUGCUCCUUUUGAUCAGGACUUUUACCUCGUGAUUGACCUUGCGGUUGGUGGGACGAGCGGGUGGUUCCCUGAUAGUGUUGGUGGGAAGAUGUGGUAUGAUGGGUCUGCGACUGCGAUGCGUGAUUUUGCGGCUGCUCAGAGUACGUGGAGCGCUACGUGGCCUUCGAGCGCGGAUGAGCGUGCGUUUAGGAUUGACUAUGUGAAGAUGUGGAAGCUCUGCGGAACGUAG